UUUAAUAAAAUCUUGAAAUUAAUUAAAUUACUGUAUUUUAAAGAUUUCUUGAAGAAAAAAAAGAAAAAAACUAUCAAUGUCUACAUAUUCAACGAGUAUUUUUAAAGAAUCACUUCGGAAACGAAGAGGAAACAGCGAUUUGGACUCUACAUCUCAAUAUACAAGCCAAAAAGUAUUAAAUAAAGAAGAAGAAAAAAAGGAAUUUCCGUCGAAAGGACAGUGUUGUUCUGAAAAUAUUAUGAAAUAUAUGAAAUUCUUAAUUAUUCCAAUUAUUUUAUAUAUAUUAGCCUUAUUUACAAGACUUUAUAAUAUUAAAGCUUCAAAUCGUGUUGUUUGGGACGAAGCGCACUUUGGGAAGUUUUCAUCUUAUUAUAUUAGAAGGCAAUUCUAUUUCGACGUUCAUCCUCCUCUUGGAAAGACAUUACUAGGUUUAUCAGCAUACUUUUCAGGUCAUAAUGGAACAUUUGAAUUUUCAAGUGGAGAAAUAUACCCAGAAGCCCUUAAUUAUGGAUUUAUGCGUUCGUUCUGCGCAAUUAUUGGGGCACUAUGUAUUCCGUUGGCAUAUUUUACAGCAAUUGAGCUGAAUUAUUCUUUUUACGCAUCGCUUCUUGUGGGAUUAAUGGUCUUAUGUGAUAACUCUCUUGCAACCAUUAGUAGAUUUAUUCUUUUGGAUAGUAUUUUACUUUUUUUGUCUUUAACAACAAUAUAUAGUCUAUCGAAAUUUCAUUCAUAUCGUUAUAGACCAUUUUCAUACAGAUGGUACAAAUGGCUUUUUCUAACAGGAAUAUCAAUUGGAUGUGUUUGUAGUGUCAAAUGGCUUGGUAUUCUUGUUGCACUCUUAUGCGGCAUAUAUACCAUUGAUGAUCUUUGGGUUAAAUUUGGAGACUUUAAAAUGCCAAAGAAAAUAUAUUUAAAACAUUGGAUUACUCGUAUUGUAGCCUUGAUUUUCGUGCCAUUUCUUAUUUAUGCACUAACUUUUUUUGUUCAUUUUAAAAUUCUAAAUCACUCAGGCACAGGAGAUUCACAUAUGAGCUCUUUAUUUCAGGCAAAUCUCAUAGGAUCCAAUAUUAAUAAAAGCCCUAUUUAUGUUGCAUAUGGUUCUAAAGUAACUAUCAAAAAUAUGGGCUAUUCAGGAGGGUUACUUCAUUCUCAUGUUCAGACUUUUCCAACUGGUUCAAAUCAACAACAAGUCACAUGUUAUCACCAUAGAGAUGAAAAUAACGAUUGGCGUAUUCAUCCUUCUCAUAACUCAGAACCAGUAUCUAGCGAAGACCCUUUAAUUUUUUUACGAAAUAAUGACGUUCUUCGUCUUAUUCAUAACUCAACUGGAUGUAACCUUCAUAGUCAUGACAUUUCUGCGCCUAUUACAAAAACUCAGAAUGAAGUUUCAUGCUAUGGAAAUCUUACUAUAGGCGAUGACAACGAUCAUUGGGUAAUUGAAGUCAUCAAAGAUUCAAAUCCACGAGAUACUCGCAUUAAAACAAUCAAAACAGCUUUUCGACUUCGUCACAUUAUUCAUAAUUGUUAUUUGAGAGCAGAAAAUGUUCAUUUACCUCAAUGGGGAUUUAAGCAAAUUGAAGUUACAUGUGAUAAAACAAACAAUCCUAAGGAUUAUUAUACACACUGGAAUAUUGAAAACCAUUGGAAUGAUCGAUUGCCUUCAGGUAAUAUCAAAUUCUACAAAUCAUCUUUUUGGUAUGAUUUUUUCUAUAUCAAUAUAGCCAUGAUGAACACCAAUAAUGCACUUCUUCUCGACAAAGGGAAAAAGGAUGAUUUGAUAUCAUAUCCAUGGCAAUGGCCUAUUGCAAUAUCAGGCAUUCGAAUGUGCUCUUGGGAUGAUAAUGUUCCAAAAUUCUAUCUUCUAGGGAAUCCCGCUGUAUAUUGGAUAUCUUUGGGAUCAAUCUUUCUGUUUUUUAUAUUAAUCUUAUUUUAUACUAUUCGUUGGAAACGACAUUAUAUUGAUUUCACUCCAGAUAAAUUUGAUCAUUUCCAUUAUGUUGGAUUAUAUCCCUUAUUAGGAUGGAUUCUUCAUUAUUUUCCAUUUUUCAUUAUUAAAAGAGUUUUGUAUCUACAUCACUAUUUUCCUGCAUUACUUUUUGCAAUUUUAACAACCGGUUUUGUUUUUGAUCAUUUAACAGGGUCAAUACCCGUACUUUUUCGAAAAAUUAUUUUUAGUAUCGCUUAUAUCUCAGUUAUUCUAACGUUUAUUUAUUUUAAGGAUAUUACAUUUGGAAUGAUAGGUCCUUCUAACCAAUGGAAAUAUUUACAAUGGCUCCCAACAUGGAGGAUCAGCAACUAACUACCUAUAUAGAGGUACCAAUAACAUGGUUGGAUCAUGAUAGAGAUAUCAUAAAAUCAAAAAUCUUCCAAUCAUCAAAAAAAAUCAUAUUAAAAAAUUCACAAAAACACGACUCAAUCUAUUAUUGAAGGACUCUUCAAUACCUUCUAUUUCUU